AUGUCGUCCGGGGCCAAGGAGGGGGGCGGGGGCUCCCCCGCCUACCACCUCCCGCACCCACACCCACACCCACCCCAGCACGCCCAAUAUGUGGGCCCCUAUCGGCUGGAGAAGACGCUGGGCAAAGGACAGACAGGGCUGGUUAAACUCGGGGUCCACUGCAUCACUGGCCAGAAGGUUGCCAUCAAGAUCGUGAACCGGGAGAAGCUGUCUGAGUCGGUGCUGAUGAAGGUGGAGCGGGAGAUCGCCAUCCUGAAGCUCAUUGAACACCCACACGUCCUCAAGCUGCACGAUGUCUACGAGAACAAGAAAUAUUUGUACCUGGUUCUGGAGCACGUCUCUGGAGGUGAGCUGUUUGACUAUCUAGUAAAGAAGGGGAGACUGACGCCCAAGGAGGCCCGGAAGUUCUUCCGCCAGAUAGUAUCGGCGCUGGACUUCUGCCAUAGCUACUCCAUCUGCCACAGAGACCUGAAGCCCGAGAACCUGCUUUUGGAUGAGAAAAACAACAUCCGCAUCGCAGACUUCGGCAUGGCGUCCCUGCAGGUGGGGGACAGCCUCCUGGAGACCAGCUGUGGGUCCCCCCACUAUGCGUGUCCGGAGGUGAUUAAGGGGGAGAAGUAUGACGGCCGCCGGGCAGACAUGUGGAGCUGUGGAGUCAUUCUCUUUGCCCUGCUUGUGGGGGCUCUGCCCUUUGAUGAUGACAAUCUCCGUCAGCUGCUGGAGAAGGUGAAACGGGGUGUCUUCCAUAUGCCCCACUUCAUCCCUCCAGACUGCCAGAGCCUCCUGAGAGGGAUGAUCGAAGUGGAGCCCGAGAAAAGGCUCAGUCUGGAGCAAAUUCAGAAACAUCCCUGGUACCUGGGCGGGAAACACGAGCCGGACCCUUGCCUGGAGCCAGCCCCAGGCCGCCGGGUGGCCAUGCGGAGCCUGCCAUCGAACGGAGAGCUGGACCCCGACGUCCUGGAGAGCAUGGCCUCGCUGGGCUGCUUCAGGGACCGCGAGCGGCUGCACCGCGAGCUGCGCAGCGAGGAGGAGAACCAAGAAAAGAUGAUCUACUAUCUGCUUUUGGAUCGGAAGGAGCGGUAUCCCAGCUGUGAGGACCAGGACCUGCCUCCCCGGAAUGAUGUCGACCCCCCUCGGAAACGUGUGGAUUCCCCCAUGCUGAGCCGUCACGGCAAGCGGCGGCCAGAGCGGAAGUCCAUGGAAGUUCUGAGCAUCACGGAUGCUGGGGGCGGCGGCUCCCCAGUGCCCACCCGACGCGCCCUGGAGAUGGCCCAGCACAGUCAGAGAUCCCGCAGUGUCAGUGGAGCCUCCACCGGUCUGUCCUCCAGCCCUCUCAGCAGCCCAAGGAGUCCUGUCUUUUCCUUCUCACCUGAGCCCGGGGCCGGAGAUGAGGCUCGGGGCGGGGGCUCCCCGACUUCCAAAACGCAGACGCUGCCUUCUCGAGGCCCCAGGGGUGGGGGCGCCGGGGAGCAGCCCCCGCCCCCCAGUGCCCGCUCCACGCCCCUGCCUGGUCCCCCAGGCUCCCCGCGCUCCUCUGGGGGUACCCCCUUGCAUUCGCCCCUGCACACGCCCCGGGCCAGCCCCACUGGGACGCCGGGAACGACGCCACCCCCAAGCCCCGGCGGUGGCGUCGGGGGAGCCGCCUGGAGGAGUCGUCUCAACUCCAUCCGCAACAGCUUCCUGGGCUCCCCUCGCUUUCACCGGCGCAAGAUGCAGGUCCCCACUGCCGAGGAGAUGUCCAGUUUGACGCCAGAGUCCUCUCCAGAGUUGGCAAAACGCUCCUGGUUUGGGAACUUCAUCUCCUUGGACAAAGAAGAACAAAUAUUCCUUGUGCUAAAGGACAAACCUCUCAGCAGCAUCAAAGCGGACAUAGUCCACGCCUUCCUGUCGAUCCCCAGCCUGAGUCACAGUGUGCUGUCACAGACCAGCUUCAGGGCCGAGUACAAGGCCAGUGGCGGCCCCUCCGUCUUCCAGAAGCCCGUCCGAUUCCAGGUGGACAUCAGCUCCUCAGAGGGUCCAGAGCCUUCCCCACGACGGGACAGCAGUGGCGGUGGUGGCAUCUACUCCGUCACCUUUACGCUCAUCUCCGGUCCCAGCCGUCGGUUCAAGCGAGUUGUGGAGACCAUCCAGGCACAACUGCUGAGCACUCACGACCAGCCCUCCGUGCAGGCCCUGGCAGAUGAGAAGAACGGGGUCCAGACCCGGCCUGCUGGCACCCCACCCAGAAGCCUGCAGCCCCCACCCGGCCGCCCAGACCCAGAGCUGACCAGCUCUCCCCGCCGAGGCCCCGCUAAGGACAAGAAGCUCCUGGCCACCAACGGGACCCCUCUGCCCUGACCCCAGGGGGCCGGGGAAGGAGGGGAGCCCCCUCCACCCCCCUUCCCUGCCCCCCAACUGUGAAUCUGUAAAUAGGGCCCAAGGAGUAUGUAGGGAGGGGAGAGGUACAACAAACCCGGCCUUGCCCUGCAGGGAUGGGGCUCAGGGGGCCGUGCCCAAUGGGGGGUGGUUCUGGGGGGACCGAGGGCGGGG